AUGCAAAGAAGAAAGGUUGUCUUUGGAGGGCAGACUAAAAGUGUGGGGAAGCACAUGGCCGAGAUAAGAAACGAUGAAUCAGCCGGGUUAUGUUAUAAUCCGAUACUGACCGGCAUACCGCGGGAGGCCGGAAUUUCCCGCGAAAGCCGCUUCAUUCCGCAUGUCACGUGA